CGCCACCACUUCCACCACACACACACAGUGACGGCUGCCAGGCGCAGUGGGAAGCAAGCCGUCAGGGAGUGAGCUUGAGAAGAAAGAGAGGGGAAGAGAAGAGAGUUGGAGGGGGCACCUUGUGGAUCAGAAGGGAUUUUCCUCUGUGUGAGUGCACGUCUGGAUAACGCCAUCUGCUUCUUCCUCAGCUAGAGGAGUUUUCACCACGGCUUUUUCCUUUUGCUCAUCCUCCACGCCGGGCUUCAGCAGUAUCUACCUAUCUAUCCCCGGAGCUUAACAAAAGAGGGAGGGAGUGAGGAAAAAAAAAAGGCAGUCACAGCUUCAGCUCUAGACCACCCUCUCUCCUCCUCCGCCUCCUCUUCCUCCUCCUCCUCUUUUCUCCCCAGCUCCACAUCCAUGUGUGAGUUCAUCGCUGAUUUCACUGUCUUUUAAGGAUAGAGAAGAGGACAGCGUGUGUUCUCCAGGAUACAGCAGAGCUCCCAGAGGGAUCAGGGUCUCGUCUGGUACACAAGAGGGGGAGGAAGAACGAGACAGGGAAACGGAUACACAGGAAGAGAGAGAGAGAGCUGGAGAGAGACAAGAGAAAGACACUGGAAAGCAAAUUAAGGGGCAUGUUCAGGGCAGCACAGAAGAAGAGUGAGUCUAAUUUUUAGAGCGGAGUGUGCAGGGAACCGGCAACCGAAACCCAGCCGUUCAUCCCUCCUCCUCCUUAUCAUCCUCUUCUUCUUCCCUCUGCUUUCCCCCCCCUCUCAGUCAGGCUUUUCAAUUCCCUCUAUUGUUUCGCGUAUUUCUGCUAUCCUUUCAUAUCUUCCUUUCCUCACUCCACACCUCCUUCUCCCCAAACCUCUUUCUGCUGCCACUCCGGAAUCUCUUUCCAGACCCACGCAAGGAAUGGUUCUGUGAGAUUCCCUUUGAGCUCUCAGACAAGUAGACGGACUAAAAUCUCAAGCACUAUCUGUUCUUCUAUCCAUUCCUCCUUCUGCGCGUGUAUCACCUUCACCAGUGAGAGGAGAGCGUUCUCUCUUCAUCCCCCACUCUUGGAAGCAGUCAUUUAAAGAAUUCAGGCCAUCCCCUCGGAAGUGAUCAGCCUCCAGGACCUUCAACUGGAUUCCAGCUACAUGGGAAAACGUUUGGAACAGCAGCCAAUGUACCCCCACUACACCUACUACUACCCCCACUAUCUCCAGACCAAGCAGUCCUAUGCCCCUCCCCCUCCACCCAUGGCUCCACCCAGCCCUGGCAACACAGGAGGAGGAGGUGGUGGUGGAGGUCAGGGAGGAGGGCUAGUGGAGCAACUUAGUAAGACCAACCUGUACAUCAGAGGCCUGCCGCCUGCCACCACCGACCAGGACCUCAUCAAACUCUGCCAGCCAUAUGGGAAAAUUGUCUCUACAAAGGCCAUCUUGGACAAAAACACCAAUCAGUGCAAAGGGUAUGGUUUUGUGGACUUCGACAGCCCUGCAGCAGCUCAGAAGGCUGUGGCCUCGCUCAAAGCCAGCGGAGUCCAGGCACAGAUGGCAAAGCAACAGGAGCAGGACCCCACCAAUCUUUACAUAUCUAACCUGCCUGUGUCGAUGGAUGAGCAGGAGUUGGAGAACAUGCUGAAGCCUUUUGGUCACGUCAUUUCCACGCGGAUACUGAGGGAUGCCAAUGGGCUUAGCAGAGGAGUUGGCUUUGCCAGGAUGGAGUCAACAGAGAAGUGUGAUGUGGUGAUUCAAAAUUUCAAUGGGAAAUUUUUGAAAACCCCUCCAGGCAUGACUGCUCCCUCAGAGCCUUUGCUGUGCAAGUUUGCUGAUGGAGGCCAGAAGAAGAGACAGACCCAGGUCAAAUAUCCCCAGAAUGGACGAUCGUGGACACGGGAAGGAGAGAGUGGUAUGGCGUUGACGUAUGACCCCACAGCGAUGCAGAAUGGGUUCUACUCUUCUCCAUACAGCAUCUCCACGAAUCGGAUGAUUGCUCAGACAUCGAUCACACCCUUCAUUGCUGCCUCUCCUGUCCCCACAUAUCAGGUUCAGAGUACAUCUUGGAUGCCACAUCAACAAUAUGUUAUGCAACCUACAGGUGCUGUGAUCACUCCAGCUGCUGCCAUUGAGCCCAGUUUGUCUAUUCACCCCUCCAGUGUAAUGGCUCCUCUAACCCAGCAGAUGAACCACCUGUCUCUGGGCCCAACAGGCACUUACAUGCCUGCUGCAGCGGCUGCUCCUAUGCAAGGAACCUACAUUCCCCAGUACACUGCAGUGCCUGCCUCGGCCAUCACAAUGGACGGUGUGGUGACAGACCCCUCUCCACAGACAGCUGCCCCCUCCUCACAGGACGCCAGUGGGCAGCAGCCUUUACCUGUGGAGAACACAGGAGAUCACGCCACAGCCUACUCUUACCAGCAGACUAAAUAACAGGAUUGGUAGGAAUCAUUGCUGCGUUGCCUUUAGGAGGACUGCACGAAGGCGCUGGAGACGCAGAGUAUCAAAAGGAAACGGGACAAAACAAAAAACAAAAACAGAGGUGACAUGGACAUCACUGACGGGAGAAUGCUUCCACUGUGCACGGGCACCAAAUA